AUGGCUUACCAUGGAUCAUGGGUACGUGGCCGUAGCAUUUAUGGCCAUAAUACUGUUCGCUCUAAUGCUAAGAUAUCUACCGCUAAGAGAUCAAGAUCCAAAGCUUCUUCUCUAGAUGAGCAAGCUACUCCUGAUCUUGGGCGAGGUAGUAUGGAUAGCAAACCCUUUUAUCGUUCAAAACCAGUCGCAACAUCAGCUCUUCUAUGUCUAGUUGGCAAAUUCGAAGCCAUGGACGCUGUGAGUCUUCCCAUCCAAGACUCCACACUCCAACCCGCACCAUUACACUCGGCACGAAACUCUCCUCGAAAAAGAAGCAGGACACGAGAUUCUUCACAGAAAAGAUUAUCCACCAUCUUAAGUCCGACUAGUAGGGAUUUGUCUAGAGAUGGCGAUGUUUUCAUUGAGGGAUACAUGAGAAAUGACACAUGGGGAGAGACGCCUAGUAGUACCAAAUCAACACUUCUGCGAUCUCAGAAAAGACAAUUCCAAUCGAGACGAUUGAGAACUCCACAGCAGCCGGCAAAAUACAUAAAGACGCCGUCGAAGAGUGAGAAUCGGAUGGUUUCCUCGAGAUCUACUCCGAAGAAUAUGAGUGGUAAAAAACCCGAAACUCCAGCCUAUACACUCCCGAAAAAGUCUCCAAAUAAGAAAAUCGGAAACAUGAUUAAAGACCGGAUACGCUUCUUCGACGGAAGUCCAGAUGAGGAACUUCCCUCGAGCUCCGCAAAAUCAAGUCCUUCAAAAAGCGUUCCAUCUUUAUUUGCUCCAGCUCACCAUGUCUAUCGUAAUAAUAAAUCUCCCUCGACUUCCUACACCACCGCUAUUGAAACACCAACCUUUAAAUCAACAAUGAGAGGCUCGACAAACUUCUCUAGAACAUCUGAAGUGGCUAAAGAGAAGAUCACUACGAUCUCUUCGCCUCAAAAAGCGCAAUAUACACCAGUAUUUCACAGGAAACAACGCAAUGUUUUCGGAGAAGCAGUUCAGAAUCCUUUCUUGGCUUCUCAGGGGAGUUCGGAAAAAACGAGAUCUUCAAAUACGGGAUUCAAGAGACUGAAGUUGGAAACUAAAGUAGAGACCAAUUCCCGCGGAAGUUCCCUAGCCCGCUACGAAACCAACGCUACUCCCACCCGCGGCCCUCUCUCCCCAGAAUCUCCCGCCCAAGGGGACGAACGAUCCCCGGACGUAGAGAUCCCAAAACAGAAAGAUGAUGUGAGACAACCUCAACGGAUAAAGGAUACGUCGUCUUUUCGAUCGAAAUCAAAAGUCGCGGAUAUGAGAAUGAGAUUUGAUGGUGGUGCAUCGUUUGCCGGAACCGUAUUACCUGGUUCUGUGUCAAGAGAUGCAGGUCCAAGAAUUGUGUCUUCAGUCAAAGGAGAGAACUCUUCAAUUAUCCCUGUUCCUCCCCCGGCACCACUACCUCCUAUUUUCUCAUCGCCCAUUCGUGUGAAAAGUAUCCCCAAUCCUGGUACUCCUCAACAUCUUUCCCCUCUCACACAAAAACAAAAACAAAUGAGUCCCAAAUUUUCCGAGUUUACUACCUCGCCGAGGAAAGAUACACUUUCAGAGACUAUCAUGCAGAGAGUAUCUGUUUUACCCUUGGAACUCACUGAGAAGACAGCAAUACAAAGACGUCAGAAGACACCAGCGCGUGUGAAUAAUUCACCCGUAACUCCACAACCUGAAAAGAAUGCACUCCAGACUUGGCCGCGCUCGGGGAUCAAAAAACCGAAACAAGUAAGAAAUGGGUUGAUAGCGGAGAAAAUGAGGUUGUUUGAGGAUAUCUCGAGGAAGAAGAAUGAUCAGAGUAUUGUUCUUAGUCCUGGGAAGAAAAAACAGGAUGGGGAGAGUGGACAAGGGAGACUUGCGAUUGGUAGUGAUAAAAUGAGAACGAGAACAAAAACGUUGAUUGAGGGGAGGAAAGAGAAAUUCGAGAUUAGUCCACGGAGAGAUGAAGAUAAAGACGGGGAAGUUAGGAAGGGGAGAAUCAAUCCGGUUUUUCCAAUGGCUAUUGUGACGAAUGAUGAAUGGAAGGGGAAGGGGAAGGACAAGGGAAAAGAAAAGGAGGGGCCAGUAAAAGAUAAACAUGAGGAUGCUGGUAUCCAAAUUGUUGAAGUAUCUUCACCACCCCCGCCGAUAAAAUCAAGAGAGAGGCCAGGGAACAGAGGACCAAGAACAGGAAGUAGAGGCCGUUUAGUUGGUCAAUGGAAUGAAUUUUAUCCGCCUGGUAAUGGAGAUAGGGAUGGAGAUGAAUUGGCGCAUUUACCUCUCAAAAGAGGAUUGAGAGAUGCGAGAAUGCAUAUGGGUAGAGAUGGGAGUCAUAGUAUUGAUUGGGAUGAGGUGGAACGGGAACUCGCAGAGAAGGGAGGGUGGAGAGAUGAAGACCUUGAUGGAUUGGUGGGAUGGGGGGAGAAGGAGAAAAGAAUCGAGGGUUGA